GCGCCGCCGGGAAUGCGUCGCCGUUCGCGCUCCCGACGCUCCCGACUCGAUUCGAUUCAAGCUGUGCAAGACUCGCGCGUGUGCAGCCAUUUCAUGGACACAGGAUCAAUCAACAUCAACAAAAAAUUCUAUUGAGAAAUUGUCAGCAUGUUUGGUGGUAAAUUACGAUCGUGGAUGGAAGCGGUGCGUCCCAGGAAGAAGCAGCAACGUAAAGAGAAACAAAAACAACUUGCGAACGCCAAUUCGGAGUUUGUCACCAAGUUCAAGACGGUUCCAAACUCACAAUCAUCCGAAAACGAAAUGACGAGUGUAGACAGCAAAUCGAUGCAAACCAUCGCGAGUCAAGGCGCGAGAUACUCCGGAGCGAACCUCUCAUCCCCGGAGUCAGCGUAUUCGACAGGAUACUCGACUGACGGGACGUCACCUGGCGCUCCCCCUGAGUACUACAUCAACAUCCGUACUGGCACACGAUACUUUCCGUCUGAGGGUGGCGAUAAAUGCGCGCCGACGCCGACCGGCAAUCACUUAGAGGCCGCGACACGGCCGCUUCCGCCGCCCCCGCCAACCAGGAAUAAUUUAUCUCCUGUCAUCCGACCGGCGACCGCAAACACCAACAACGCUUUACUUCAGACGUCAGAAAGGCCCACAGUCACAGUUAUGGGUCAAGAUUUUGAUAAUAAACACCUGCGAAAUCAGAACCCAACAUCCACCGCGCUUCCAAACAGAAUCACAGAAGUAGUCGUAGUGAAUUCAAGUCUAAUGUCACCAAGACAACGCAAUCGGAUCAGGACCAACCCAUGGGUCCCCGGGACCAACCUAAGUCCCUGCAAUAGUUCCGUGGGUUUACACUUAAAGAACGACCUUACACCUCGCGCGAGUCUUAUGAAUAGCCCUGUCCCCACGCGGUAUUUGAGCCCAACAGUUCCCUGCAGUCCCAUAAAUCGCGUUGCGCGUUGCGCCUCCCUCUCCUCUUCGUCCUGUUCAUCCCUAUCGGCUGCAAGUCUAAACUGGGACGCGAAUCUUGUCCGUGAUGAUCCGCCAACAGUACCUUCCUCAGCCCUGAUAGCAGCAGCAAUCCGUAGUCCUCGGUUUCACACAGGGAGUGAUGAGGAAGAUGACUGUACCCUCAAUGAAAUGAUGGGUAAGUACGACGAGAGUUACGUCUAUGAAAAAGAGACGGAUAUACUGAGUGAUAGCGACCCUACGGAUUGCGAGACGGAUAUAGACACUGGACAAGAUGGCGGGGAUGAGGAUGAUCCUCAUGAGACCGAGUUUGAUUUCAUCGAUAAUGGAUCCUUCCUUGAAUUCAACAUUAAAGAUGAAAGAUUGAAUACAGGACAUUGUACUUAUUACAACUUUGAAAUGCAGAGGAAGACAUCAAGAAAAAAGACAACCCGUAGAUCCAGGAAGGAUAGUAAUAAAUCAGAACGAAGAAGAAGAUCUACUUCAUCUAAAAAAAGACAUAAACUACCUGAGAAUAAGGUUAAUAUCGCUGAGGGUACCAGAAGUGCAGGUGCGACACCAGUGUCAGUCCGUAGAACUAAACACCCUGUAUCUAAGUUAGCUCUGGAUGAUACCUUCAGAAGAAGAUCAAAUUCUGUGAGUAUUCCAAGGGAUCCCGUGAAUUUUUUCGAUAAACGUGAUAAGGAAGCUGAUAAAAAGUACAAGGAGCUCAUUGUUGAAGCAGAACACAUUCUGAAGAACAUGAAGAGUAAUGUUACAGGGUUGUCACCCCGGAGGGUACCAGGACCUGCGAAUAAACGCGUAGAGUUACUCCGGACUGAGAAUCAACCGGUUUUGGUAAAACCACCGGAACUGAAACCCCGACUGAACGAAGACCCAAUACAUCCGCGUAUUCCGUCCAGUUUUUCACCACGCUUCUCACCAAAACGCAAUCACAUCACGAAAUUCAUCAAUAGCAACUCGCCAAUCAUGAUGCGACGUGAGGAGGUUACACAUAGUCCUGUGUUGUUUAAGAAGACCCCACAGGAUGCACAUUCUCCUUUGAUGUGUCGGAGACAACCCAAAACUGAUCUACCAUCAAGACGUAGUCCUAAAUAUAGAAAGAAACAGAUACAGAAACAGAAUUUAAGUCAUUUUAGUUCGGAUUCUGAGGAGAAUGAAGAUGUGGGUGAUGUUAGGGAUAAGUUUGCUAAUGAAUGCCCACAGAGUGAGCCUGUCAAGAGGAAGAUCUACAGUAAUCAAAGUAAGACGGUGGCGUUCAACUUGGCGCAUCAGAAUAUCACGACUGCUACACAUACGGAGAUUUCUAUGUCCAUUGAGGAAACAUGCCGGAAGAGUUGUGAAAGUCUCCGACAGCAAGUGCUCCUAAACACAAUUUCUAACCUCAAACGUAGUCUGGAAGACCAAUCAGCGUCCCUGAAGCAAGUCUACCGUAGUUCACAGAAUCUCCACACGUAAAAUUACAGAAAACGGAAACAGGAUAUAAAAAGAUGGCAAUAAUUGAACGGAGCAACGGAAUACAACACUACAGCCCCAAGAAUACAAGAUUUCGAAGGAUUAAUGAAACAUGAAAAAUAUUACUCCAUUAUUACUACCGUACGCAUUCUUUUAGAUAAACUAGACACGUUUAUAGGUUAUGUACGUACACGAUAACUCAUGAUAACUCAACUCGUAGUCGAAUUUGAUUUGUAUUAGAGAAAGUUAGCACCCUUUGAGUAGUGGCUCCAUCUAGUGAAAUUAUAGUUGCCCAAAACUACUACAAUAAUAAUUAAUUACGUAAAAUAUUUAAUCUGUUGUAGUAUACUGAUGAAAAAAUAUUAAGAAACACGUAGUGAAGUAUAAUCAAUGAGAAUCUAACCGAAAUAAUACUUAGGCAACACACACUACACUUUUAUAGAAACGUAGUUUUUUAUAAACACUAACAUGUACUGUAGCUGGUUCUCUGGGUCUUCUUUAUUGAUGGAUUUAUUGUUAUUGAAUUAUGAAAUUAGCGAGAUUAGAUAAAUCGUUGAGUAAUUUUAGUUGUGAACUUCCAUUGAGAUGAAUAAUUCGAAUUCGAUUUUCAGAUGGACAUAACCCCCAAAUUCCAAGAAUGCAGCACCCAAUGUAUUAUCAUGUAACACCUGUAUUUGUGUACAAUAACGCCUGAAACGCCUAAAUCUUCCAAAGUAACACCAGAUUGAAUGUAUUGUAAUCACACGCAGACACGUAUUGUUGAUUUUCGAACAUCUUUUCAACGUUUUCAACGUUUACUGUAAAAGUGAGGCGCUCAAACUAUUUUUAUACAAAUGAUUGAUACUACUACAAGUAUAACUACAACUACAACCCUGAUGAUGAUAAGAAUAUUGAUUGUCUUGGUUUGUGAGCCUAAUAUUUGUAAUAAAAUCUGAAUUUGUGGAGAGAUGGAGUGAAAAAUGCGCGGCGAUGAUUCCAAACAAAUUUCUUUACUAUUUUUGAUUAUAUUUGUGUAUAUAUUAUGUAUACAUGUUGUAAACAUGUUUAAUAUUGUUAUGAUUGUUUCAUAUAAAAGAGAUAACACUGAAAA